UCUUGCUCAGGGACCCAGAGUGCAGGCAGUGGGGAUAGAACCGGGAACUUGCAUCCUUCUCUGAGUGCAAGCACGCUACUCUAACCACUAGGCCACCAUCCCCCAAUAAACCGACGUACAGCAACUAUAAGAGCCUCAUAUCAGAACAUCAUGGAGAAAUUAAUUUCCUGUUCAUAAACGGAAACAAGGACACAGCUCCAAGACAUCAUGGAUCAGCGGCCAAAGAUCCACGUCUUCCUGGGGGCGCCUCCUCCGGCCUCCGUCUGUGGAUCAGAACCUGGAGCCGGACUGGAGGAGCGUCCCUCUGCAGGGUGGAGACACCUGGAGCUCACCUGGAGGGAGGGCCGCCUCACACCUGCAGCAGGGAUCCCUGGGAACGGAGCCAGAACCUCUAGGAUGGACUCUGUGGGUGACGGGCCAGAACCAUCCAGUCAGGGCUUAGAAAGCAGCGGGAACCCAACAGAACCAGAAUCUGACCGGACCACAGAGGCAGCGAGAGGCCGACCCGACAGAACCGGACCAGCAGCUCUGGGGACCCAGAGAGACUCAGACGGCGCUGAAGAAGAUCCGUGUUCUGCUUCAGUGCUGGAGUACCUGGACAGCUGCUUCCCUGCAGCCCAACCAGACCCAGAACCAGACCCAGAACCAGAACCAGGACCAGAACCAGACCCAGAACCAGACCCAGAACCAGAACCAGGACCAGAACCAGGACCAGAACCCAUCCCUGGUCCUUCCACCAGCACCCAGUACCUCAGCACCUGGACUCUGAGUCAGGCCCUCAUCAUGAGAGGCAGACGCAGCGUCCAAUCAGCUUCCAGCCCUCAGAAACCCCCCCACACCCCCACCUCCUCCUCCUCCACCCCGGAGCUCCUCAGCCCCGCUGCUUCGCCUCCUGCAGCCUCCCUGGAGCUCUUCAGUCACACCUGUCCCAGUCCCAGGGCGGAGCAGGGCGGCGUCGUCAUGGAGACCACCGAGGACGGCGUCCUCUGCUCUCAGGGCUCAGACCCCCAGGACCCCCCCACUAAGCCCCCCUGCAGCAAGAAACCCAGAACCUGUGAAGGAGCAGAGGCUGCAGGAAGCUCCUCCACCUCCACCACCACCACCACCACCCUGGACAGGUGUGACCAGGUGGGACACAGGUACUCCAUCCUGGUGGUGGUGGUCCACCCAUGCCACCUGAAGGAGGUCCAGGUCAAGUCGGGCCCGUCGGCAGGAGCGGCGGUUCCUCUGGCGUCCGUGGUGGUGACGGACCAAUCAGGAGCUGAGAUGAAGGUGGUGCUGUGGAGGAGAGCGGCGUUCUGGGUCCUGACGGUGAACCCAGGAGACGUUCUGCUCAUCUCAGGGCUGCAGGUGAGGGAGGACAGGUGGAGAGGAGAGACGGUGCUGCAGUCCACCUUUUCCAGCAAGCUGCUGAACCUGGGCCACGCCUCCUCCUCACAGCCAGGUAGCGGGCUCGUUAGCCCCGCCUCCCUGGGCGCUCUGCGGAGCUUCAUUGUGGAGCGGCGCCCCCUGCUGGUGUCGGUGGCCCGGCGGGCCCAGCAGGACCUGCGGCGCCUGCCGUACGUCACCCUGACGACGCUGCGGGUCAACACCCUGGUCCACGCCCUGCUGCGCGUCACACACUCACACGUCAGCUCAGAGUGGAGGAACGAGGCGGAGGCCGGCAGCCGCUCUGCCCUUCAGCAGCAGGCGGUUCUGACCGUGGAGCAGCCGGGCGGCCAGCGGGGGGCGCUGCUGCUGUGGGGGGGGGCCAUGGCCUGGCAGCCGCGCUUCAGCAAACACAGAGAUGCUGUUUGGGACUUCAGAGUCCUCCUGGUGAGGGAAGGGUUGACCUCUGACCUCCUGGAGCUGCACUCGACCCCAUGGAGCUCAGUCGGACCUCUGGACCCCACGGACCGGCGGGCGCUGGACUUCCAGCGGGCGUGGCGCCGCCAGAGGGGACGCAGCGCUCCUCUGGAGCUGGACGUGGACACGCUGCUGUCCCAGAAGUACAGCGGUGAGGUGGAGCUCAGAGUCCAGGUCCUCACCUUCCAGUUCCAGGAGGCUCCGCCCUCCCAGAACCCGCCCCAGCCGGUCCUGGGCGCCUCCACGCCAUUGGACGGCAUCGUGGCGGCGCUGAGCGGUGAUGUCACCUACACGGGCUGCGCUCGCUGCUCCGUGGAGCUGGACACGGACCAGAACGGGAUCUACGGGCCCUGCUACCCCUGCCUGCCCCACACCGCCGUGCGCCGCUUCUACAGGCCAGGUGUGCUGACGGUCGGUGGGCGGGGCUGCAAUCACCUGUGUGUCCAGGUUCCUCCGGUUCCUCUGCAGAAGAUCCUGGAAGCUCCACCGGACCGACUCCAGCGCAGCUCAGCUCCAGGUUCCCAGGUGAGACACAUCCAGGUGGUGGCGGAGAAGAUCCAGAGCCUGCUGUCUCUGCCCAGGAAGACCUUCGUCAUCACGGUGCGGAGCCACUUCCUGGUUGAUGAGAACAGCGUUCCCAUUGGUCAGGACUUCACUCUGCUGGACCUUCAGGUCCCAGGUCCAUGAAGGCUCCAACAGGACCAGAACCCACCUGGUGGGCGGAGCCUAGCUUGAUUCUCCAUGGAGGAUGGAGGCCUACAGCCUUCUGGGCAUCAGCUACAAAGCUAGCAGUUAGCUGGAUGUGGAUGGAAAGCUAACAAUAAAUAAUUAGUUUAAUUUCCAAGGUUACUGUAUGUACACAUUAUGUUUUAUUGCUCCAUCUGAGUUAAAACUGGUGUUCUGACGGUUCACCAUCACCAUCAGGCUCAGGUUUUAAAUGAUCACCUCCAUGAUGUGACCACAGCAUUAAUGCUGGGAGAUGGGCUAACGAGGAGCCUAACAAGGAGCCUAACGAGGAGGCUAACGAGGAGCCUAACGAGGAGCCUAACGAGGAGCCUAACGAGGAGCCUAACGAGGAGGCUAACGAGGAGCCUAACGAGGAGGCUAACGAGGAGUCUACCGACUCUCCAUUGAUGGGGCGACCAGUUGCAGGUGAAUCUCCAGGUGAAUCUUAGGAGGCCUGCUGGUCCAUAAAGCUGGAACUCCUCACUACUGCAGACAUUUAGAACUGAGAAAACUUCCUGGAUGGAAGAGAAACGUCUUCAGCUUCAGAAUAAAAGUCCAGUUGUUUUAUUUUUAACCUGUUGUGGAUUCAUCAGAACGGCGUUGACUGUGGUUUGUUGCUCAGCCACUAGAUGGCAGCACAUGACCAGUGCUGCUCAGUGUUGUGCAGCUGAUAAGUUAAAUUCUCCAAAACAAUAAAUUUAGUUCCACAGUAGAACAGUGACACUGUGGCCCUAAAACAUA